GAGAUUCCAUUUGCCCUGGCGCGGAUUCGACAGAGUGGUGGAUAUAUCACUACGAGCGAGAGUGCGGCUUUUCAAUUGCAAUGGGAUGCUGGUGUUCCCGGGUUCAAAUCGUUCUCAAACGUUAUGAAGGAAGAGAAGCAUAACACGGUGAGAACGUUGCAGAAGCUG